CGGCGAUCGACAGCGCUGCCUGCAGAGCUGCUGACGCGUUCAGGCCGGCAAGUCGAACACGGAAGUGAAGACGUGGUGCUGCUGUUACCGCCGAGGACUCCGCUGCACGGCACGAUGCUGGACUUCGUGAUCUUCGCCGUCACGUUCCUGCUGCUGCUGGUCGGCGCCGUGCUCUACUUGUAUCCGGCAUCAAGAACAGCUCUGGGAAUUCCUGGCCUCACACCAACGGAAGAGAAAGACGGGAACCUGCCAGACAUUGUGAACCGGGGCGGCCUUCACGACUUCCUGGUGGCGCUGCACGAGCGCUAUGGCGCGGCUGCUUCCUUCUGGUUUGGAAGACGUCUGGUGGUCAGCCUGGGCUCUCUUGAGCUUCUGCAGCAGCACAGCAAUCCCAACCGGACCAUGGAUCCUUUUGAAACCGUGCUGAAGCCCUUGUUGGGCUAUCAUGCCAGUGAUGGUACAGAGGGCAUCGUUCGGAAGAAGAUGCACGAGACGGCGGUCAGCAAAACUCUCCAGAGCAACUUCUCUCUCCUGAACAAGCUGGCUGAUGAACUGGUGGACAAGUGGGCAUCCUACCCAUCUUCCCAACAUGUGCCAUUGUGUCAGCACCUGUUAGGCUUUGCCAUGAAAGCGGUCACCCAAACAACCAUGGGCAGCAGAUUCAUAGAAGACCGGGAAGUGAUUGAAUUUCGUAAAAACCACGACACGAUCUGGUCAGAGAUUGGAAAAGGCUUUCUCGAUGGGUCUCUUGAGAAGAGCUCGACAAGGAAGGCACAGUACGAGAAGGCUGUGAUGUACGUGGAGACGGUGAUGAAGGACAUAAUCAAGGAGAGGAAAGGAACAAGCUCCCCUCAGCACAUUUUCAUGGACACCUUACUGCAGGCCAACCUCAGCGAGAGGCAGGUGCUAGAGGACAGUGUCAUUUUCUCUUUGGUGGGCUGCAUCAUCACAGCUAAUUUAUGCAGCUGGGCGGUAUAUUUUCUGUCCACCGUGGAAGACGUUCAGGAGGAGCUGCACCGUGAGCUGGAGGAGGUCCUGGGCCAGGGGCCGGUGACACUGGACAAGUUAGAGCAGUUGAGGCUCUGUAGACGAGUCCUUCAUGAGACCGUCCGAACUGCCAAACUGACCCCUGUGGCAGCCCGUGUGCAGGAGCUGGAGGGACGUGUGGACCAGCAUGUCAUUCCUAAAGAGACUCUGGUUAUCUAUGCCCUGGGUGUGGUGCUACAGGAUGCUGCCAUCUGGCCCCUGCCUUACAGGUUCGAUCCUCAUCGAUUUGAUGAAGAAUCAGCAAGGAAGAGCUUGUCUUUGUUGGGUUUCUCUGGAAGCCAGGAGUGUCCAGAGCUGCGGUUUGCCUAUGUGGUGGCAACGGUGUUACUCUGUUCGCUGCUGAACAGACUGAAGCUCUGCAAGGUGUCCAGCCAGGUUGUGGAAGAAAGGUGUGAACUCGUGUCAUCCCCAAAGGAAGAGGCCUGGAUCUCGGUGAGCCGCAGAAGCUAGAGGAGGAAAACCUCAAGGACACUUUCAUUGAGCACAAGGAGCUACCAUUGAGCACUCUGGACUGUACAAGAUGGACAUCUUGGUAGACAGCUUGAGCAGAAGGAACUCGGCCAAUGAGAGGACGAGGACAACCAGUGGGCCCAUUGUGGGAGCCAGCCCAAGUUACAGAUGUCCCAGAGUGCUUCCUGCUAUCACAAUAAAGAGCAGUGGCCUUUCUCACUUUA